AUAAAAAACCAAAGGCGGCCGUCCCUUUCCCACGCGAUCACACUAACUAAGAUUUCAAGAUAUCGAAGGCACUCCAAAAUUGGAGUAAAUUAAAAUCCAUCUCCAUUAAUUUCGACCUGCGCAGGCUGGCAGGAAACUGAAGGUAAAGGUGUAUAGCAAAUUUAAGGGGUAAUGAUCUGAAUGAUGGCGGCCUGUGAAAAGGAAAUGGCUCAUUUGGCUCAUCAAGGCAAAAUAUACGAUGAAAUGCAGCUACUGGUGUUUGAAGAGGACUACAUCGUAAAGCCCUCUGAUGGUCACCCUCUUUCUAUAAGUCGAUUGGAUGGAUCUCUAAAAAUUAUUAGUGAAGCAGAUAUUGGCAGCAAUCCAACAGAAACAACUCUCAUUUAUGGUGUAGUUGGUACAAUCCGAUUACUUGCAGGUACCUACAUACUUGUGGUAACUUCUCGACAGCAAAUGGGCAUGCAUCGUGGAUUUUCUGUUUAUCGAAUCACGUCUAUGAAGUUUUUAUCUUGCAACAAAGUUCUGAAGCUUUCAUCCUUAGCAGAAAAAAGAGAUGAAGCUUACUUUGUGAGCCUCUUAAAAACUGUGGAGAAAACUCCUGGUUUAUACUAUUCAUAUGAAACCGAUCUAACUCUUAAUGUACAAAGGAUUUAUAAUUUAGAAGGGUUAAAAAAAAGGUCCCCGCUGUGGAAACAGGCUGAUCCACGUUAUGUCUGGAACAGAAGUUUGAUAGAAGAGUUGAUAGAGGCUAAACUUGAGCCAUACAUUUUACCUGUUAUUCAGGGCAGCUUUCAGACUAUACAAGUCAAACUUAAAGAAAAAUUAGUUACAGUCACUUUAAUCUCAAGAAGGUGCACGCGACGAAUAGGAACAAGAAUGUGGCGAAGGGGAGCUAACCUGGAAGGUCAUGUUGCAAAUUUUAUAGAAACUGAACAGCUGCUAGAAGUUGAAGGAUUUACAGGUUCAUAUCUACAGGUACGUGGGUCUAUUCCUGUUUUGUGGGAACAAAUUGUUGAUCUGACCUACAAGCCGAAAUUAAAUAUUAUAAAUACAGAUAAAACGCCAAAAGUUGUACAGCGACAUUUUUACGAUCUUGUACAGAGAUAUGGAUCUAUUGUAGCUAUAGAUCUAGUUGAUCAAAAAGGAAGUGAAGGUUCCCUGAGCUUGGUCUAUGCAGAUGCAAUGCAGCAUCUCAAACAUAUAAGAUAUGUUCCUUUUGACUUCCAUCACAUCUGUGGACACUUGCAUUUUGAACGCUUACAACUGCUUUAUGAACAGAUUGCUGAAGAAUUACAAAAGCAAGGAUGUUUUUUACAAAAUUCAGAUGGAAAAAGCAUGGAGGAGCAAACAGGAAUUUUAAGAGUCAACUGUAUUGAUUGUUUGGACAGGACAAAUGUCACUCAGAGCUUAUUGGGUCAAAAAGUUCUGGAUUAUCAACUGAAUAAGAUAGGACUGUUCACUUCCAGUGAAUGCAUAUCACAACAUUCUGAUUUUCAUCAACAAUUCAAGAUAUUAUGGGCAAAUCAUGGUGACGAAAUUAGCCUGCAAUACUCUGGGACACAUGCUCUCAAGGGGGAUUUUGUCAGAUAUGGGAGGCAGACUGUGUCUGGACUAAUUAAAGAUGGUUUCAGUGCUCUUGCUCGCUACUAUUUGAAUAAUUUUCAUGAUGGUAUACGUCAGGAUGCUAUGGAUUUGGUUGCUGGGUACUACACCGUCAGUAGAGGCAUUCCUUCUCCUUUCCAACUAAAUGGCUUCGAGUUGUUUGCUUACCUUCCAAUUGCUUCAGCUUUGAUUGUUGGGGCCCUUACAAUCACAACCUUCUCUCUUCAACAAGCAGCAGAUGAUACACAGAAUUUUCUUUUUUCAGUGGUUUGGGGAGGUCUAACAGCUGGUGUAAUGGCUGUUGUAAAAGCCAAUGGACGGCAGUUCUGCAGCCGGCCUCGUUUGUGCAAACUAUUUUAAAUUGAAGUUCAGAGAUUAGUGUUACUAAUUGAUGCUUCAAAUAAUUUGCUUCUAUAAAAUAUUCAGGGCAGGCUAAAGCAGUCAUGAAAUUUCUGUAUUAUAAAUUUUAUAAAUUAGUAGCUGCCAGUUUUCAUCAUUCAUGUAAUAUGAUGUAACAAUUUUUAGCAUCCAUAGGGGGGCAUUAUCUGGCUUUUGAAACCCGGUGACAAGCAGAAAUUUGAAUGUACAUGCAGUGAACAAUGAAUGGAACUCUUGCAUUGGCACAAGCUUUGUUUUUGAAUGCCAAAAUUACAUCCAUUUUCAAUUGUGAAUCAAAUGUAACUUGGAGUGUGAA